AUAGGCAAAACUCAAACUCGAAAAGCCACAAUGUUUCCCAAAUACUUUCUUCUCCUUCUUCUCGCAGUUGUGCUUCUUACCACAACUCAAGCACUGAAGCAUCCCUUCAACUCCAACCAAGAACGUAUUCCAUCCACCGACCUCACCCACGGAAAGCUCCCGACCACCAUCACUGAUCCAAACGAAGAAUCCAAAUUCUUCAGGAGGCCAUCUCCCUACAAGAAACCCUACAAGAGGCCACCCUACAAGAAGUAUCCACCCUAUAAGAAACGCCCUCCAUACAAGAAGUACCCACCCUCUUCUCACUAAAUGGCAUCCAAAACAAAAGUUGUGGCCAUGGACAAUGUGGCAUCUGUUUAAUUUCUUUGAUAAAUAAGUGGUGCUAUAAGCUCCGAGUCCUAGGGUAAUACUUGGAAGCUCAUGAAGUUGGCACUUAUGUAAUAUGUGUUAAUCCAAACUUUAUAUCUCUGAUAUAUUGUUGUAUUAUUUGUCUCUACGUUAUUAUUGCUUUCCUUAUCGUAUAAUAAUCUAAAGUUUAAAUAAAUUUACUA